AUGAAAACUUUAUUAUUUAUAAUUAUUCAAUCAGCAACAUUGUACAAUACUGACAGUGAUGAAUGGUUAGAUGAACAAUUAAAAACAUUGACUGAUGACCAAUUAGAAGAACUUGAUCGAUUUGCUGACAAAUCAAUGAUGACUCGAAGUAAGAAUAAUGAUGAUAAUGCAGAAUUAACACGUUAUACUCGUCAUGUUAAACGCGAUGCACUUUGGACAACAACCGAAGUACUUGAUUGCAUUCGACGUUUGAAACAUUUUGGUCAAGGAACAAAACUUGAUCUUGUUACAGAAAUGUUAAAUUGUUAUAGACGAAUGAAAAAUAUUGGUUGA